GCACCCUGGUGGGGUGCAGGGCCAUCGGCCGGGUCUGGCAGCACCCAGCUGGGCGUUGAGGAAGCGGAGGUUUGCACAAGCCGGUGAGGUGCACGUGACCCGGGGAGCGCGGCGGGAGGAACCGGCAGCCGCCCCGCACAGGGCCCCGGGUCCCCGCACUGCGCCGUGGAGCCGGCCAUGGCUCCCUGGCUGCCCACCAAGGAGGAGAAGUAUGGCGUGGCUGUGUGGAACUUCCCAAGCACCAACGAGCAUCACCUCCCGCUGCAGGUCGGGGAGACGGUGCACAUCCUGCAGGCAUCUGAGGGCUGGUACCGCGGGUACUCGCUCAGGAACAGGGCUGCCCGGGGCAUCUUCCCGGCCUCGCUGAUCCACCUGAAGGGCGCGGUGGUGGAGCGCAGGGGGGCGGAGGAGUGCGUGGUCUCCGCCGAGAUGCCCAUGGUGCAGGAGAUCACCACCACGCUGCGGGAGUGGGCCACCAUCUGGAAGCAGCUCUACGUGGUGGGGCAGAUGGAGCGGUACCGGCAGGUGAAGCAGAUGAUGUACGAGCUGAUGGAGCGGCGCUCGCAGCUGCUCUCGGGGACGCUGCCCAAGGACGAGCUGCUGCAGCUCAAGAAGGAGGUGACCAGCAAGAUCGACUACGGCAACAAGAUCCUUGCGCUGGACCUGGUGGUGCGGGACGAGGACGAAAACAUCCUGGACCCCGAUAGGACCAGUGUCAUCAGCCUCUUCCAGGCACACAAGAAGGCGGCGCAGACCAUCACGCAGCGCAUCCAGGAGGAGACGUGCCCACAGCAGAGCGAGCUGGGCUGCAGUGCCCGCCUGGCGGCUUCGCCCUCCCACAACCUCUACCUCUGCGUGCGCAACUUCGUCUGCAACAUUGGUGAGGAGGCGCAGCUCUUCAUGGCGCUGUACGACCCCGGCGAGCAGCGCAUGAUCAGUGAGAACUAUGUGAUCCGCUGGGCCAGCACGGGCGUCCCGCAGGACAUCGAGCUGCUCAACAACCUCAAGGCCAUCUUCACGGACCUGGGCAGCAAAGACCUGAAGCGGGAGAGGCUUUUCUUGGUGUGCCAGAUCAUCCGGGUGGGACGCAUGGACCUCCGUGAGACCCUCAGCCGCAAGCUCAGCACCGGCCUCCGUCGGCCCUUCGGCAUUUCGGUGAUGGACAUCACGGACAUCAGCAAGGGGAAGUGUGAGAGCGACGAGGACAAGCAGCACUUCAUCCCUGUGCACCUGGCAGCUGCUGAGAACGAUUUCCUUCACAACAUGAUCAAGAAAGCAGUGGAGGGCAAGGACAUCAACCACAAAGGACAAGGGUUCUGGGUGUCCCUGAAGAUGCUGUGGGGAGACCUGAGCCAGGUGCGGAAGGACCACCCGCACCUCGUGGACCGCAGCACGGUGGUGGCACGCAAGCUGGGCUACCCGGAGGUCAUCAUGCCAGGGGACGUCAGGAACGACAUCUACCUCACGCUGGUGCAGGGCGAGUUCGACAAGGGGAACAAGAAGACGCAGAAGAACGUGGAGGUGACGGUGUGCGUCUGCGACGAGUCGGGCAACGUGGUGCAGAACGUGAUUUACCACGGGGCAGGGGACAAGCCGGCCAGCGAAUACCGCUCCGUGGUCUACUACCAGCAGCGGCACCAGCGGUGGAUGGAGACAGUGAAGAUUGCUGUUCCCAUUGAAGACGUCCACAGGACCCACCUGAGAUUCACCUUCAAGCACCGCUCCUCCAGUGACUCUAAAGACAAAAGCGAGAAGAUUUUCUCCAUGGCCUUCGUGAAGCUGAUGCGGCCCGACGGCACCACCCUGCGCGAUGGGGAGCACGACCUCCUUCUCUACAAGGGGGACAGCAGGAGGCUGGAGGACGCCGGCUCAUACCUGGCGCUGCCCUCCACGAGGAACCUGCCCGAGCCCAAGCUCCUCUCGGGAUCCUCGUUCCGUGUGAGCGGAGGCGCGUCCGGCUUAACCGUGUCGGCCCGGGACAGCUUCCAGAUCUCCACGCUCGUCUGCUCCACGAAGCUGACGCAGAACGUCAACCUGCUGGGGCUGCUGAAGUGGCGGUCAAAGCCCAGCCUCCUGGCGGGGAACCUGCAGAAGCUGAUGAAUGUGGACGGAGGAGAAGUCAUCAAGUUCCUCCAGGACACUUUGGACGCCUUGUUCUCCAUCAUGAUGGAGAACGCAGACACGGAUGUCUACGACACGCUCGUCUUUGAUGCCCUGGUUUUCAUCGUGGGGCUCGUGGCCGACAGGAAGUUUCACCACUUCAACGCCGUCCUGGAGGCUUACAUCCGCCAGCACUUCAGUGCCACACUCGCCUACAAGAAGCUGAUCUCGGUGCUGACGCAGUAUGUGGAGCAGGCGAGCCGCGGAGAGCCCUGUGAGCCACUCAUGCGCACCUUCAAGGCCUUGGAGUACAUCUUCAAGUUCAUCGUCCGCUCCAGGCACCUCUUCUCCCAGCUCUACGAGGGGAAGGAGACGGCCGAGUUCCAGCGCUCGCUGCAGCGGCUCUUCCAGACCCUGAACCAGCUGAUGAAGUCCCCGCUGGAAGGGCCCACGCUGCUCUCCCAGGGAGCAGCCCUGAAGUACUUGCCUUCCAUCCUGGAGGACGUGUUUGGGAUCUUUGACUCCUCCAUGCUGGGGGUCUUGCUGCGGGACUUCAUCGGAAACCUGCUCCCCCAGCGCCUGCUGAAGCAGAAGCUGCAGUCCCUGACCAACAUCAUCAACAGCAAGGUCUUCCAGUCCUACGAGUGCCGGGAGCUGCUGCUGUUCACGGCAGUGCCCAUCCUGCAGGAGCUGAUCGAGAAGGGAGAGGAGGAAGACGCCUGCAUCGAGCUGCUCAGCAACAUCCUGGAGGUGCUGUACAAGACCCAGAAGAGAGCGGAGGAGCAGCAGGCGCGGGGCAGCGCGGGUGUGGAGCGGCACAGGGACCGUGGCGACUCGGAGCUGGUGAAGGUGAAGAAGCAUGUCCAGCUGGUCCUGGAGCGGCUGCUGCACACCGUCAACAGGAGGGUGAUCGUCCUGGAGCGGGAGAACAGCCUGAGGGUGAGUACCUCCGCUCUGCCGGGCAGCGGCACCGCGCCGCUUCCCCCGCUGGCUCCGGGGAUGGAGAAGCACCGGGCUGCGCUGACGGCACGUGGGAACAGGCGGCAAGUGGUGCUCUUCAGCUGGUGCUGCGGUCGCUGGCAGCAGCUGGCCGGGGAUGGAGUUAUGGGUAUUGAACGCCGCAGGAUGCAUGAGAAAGCCCAAAAUGGGAGGGAGGAAAUGUGCCAGAAGCGGGUUCUGGAGUAGAUGGUGUGCUGGGAGGAGCAGGCCGGGUGUUUGUGAUGCAGAAAGAACAUUUUGGAAGGGGUUUGGGCAGUAAUUUCUGGAAAAGAAGUGACAGACCCAGUGACCCUUCACAAUUUUACAUGCCGGGAGCACAUGGGAGGAACGUGCUGGGACACCCACCUCGCGCUGAAGGGUUGGCAGGUCGCAGCGCUGCUCGGCUGAGGCUUCCUGCAGAGCAGCUGCACUGGGUGCAAUGAUUUGGUCACGAAGGGGGGGAAGCACAGCCCUGGCCUGCGUGGGCUUACGCGUGCUCUACAGAAGCAUGAAGGCAAACCCAGCAUGCUUGACCAGGCUGUGCGGAGCAGGCCAUGCACACAUCUCUGGGUAGCGAGGGGGUGAGCAGCUGGGUCUGGCUGCGUUUUGGGGGUGGAGCAGUGGAGAAGUGCUAUACCGUGCCGUGCCACGCUGUGCCAUGCCGUGCCGUGCUGUGCUGCACCAUGCCAUACUGCGCCGUGCUGUACCAGGUCCCACUGUGCUGUACCGUCACACCGUGCUGUACCAUCACACCAUGCUGUACCAUCACACCGUGCUGUACCAUCACACCGUGCUGUACCAUCACACCGUGCUGUACCCCA